UACAAACAGAGAGGUCAGUUUUUUGUUUUUCUUUCCACGCCCCUACACGCAUAUCCACACACACGCACACGCACAAGCGCGGGGUAUGCACGGAAAACCCUAAAUUUCCAUAUGCAAGGGGGAGUCAAGGGUCGAUCGGAGUAGCGUACACUUGGUAGCACACAGUCCGAGAGGGCUAAGCGACCCAGCAGGGAAGUUACGCGGCAGCCUGCAAGAUCUCUCGGAUAUAGCACCUAUUUACCGUCCGCCCUUGUUCAGGACGGACCAUGGACCCUAAGCCAGAACACCUUGUCGUCGGAGACGGAGUGAGCGGACGACACGGCCGAGAAGCCAGUCGAGGAGGAAAUAUCGAGAGACACCGAGGAAGAGGAAUUCGAGUCGAGGGUCAGCAAACGAGAGCGGGGGAAGCGGAUAAAAGCGGACGACGAAAUCGAGGGCAGCGCAGACAAGCACAUAGAGGAACGGCUAAGACGAGGAUGAUCGAGAUAGCAGGGGGAGGUGAAAAUGAGUCUCCGGGGAGCAGGCACAAGAGGCACAGCGAGGAUUUUAAAAACCGGGUGAUGAUCCCUUUUUUAAGAAGAGAGGGAGAAGGAGAAGAAGAAGAAAGUGAGAGCUGACUUGGAUUUGCUUGGACAAACGGGAAAAGAAAGCUGCCCGCCCGCCUCGGCGCUGAGU